AUGGUUGUUUAUGGACUGUAUAAUGAGCGGGUGACGUAUGGGUACACCGUCUUACCUAUGACGGCGCCGGAGGGGGUCAAUCAACCUAGUCAAGUUAUAAAGCUGGUUUUUACUGGGGCACAUUGGGUGCGACUAUAUGUCGGCGAAGUUGAUGGGGUGACACCAAUACCUCCUUUUAGUCCACAGUGGUCUCACUUCCGGGAUAUGCUAAGAGUUGCUGAUUGGGAUUCAUUAUAUGAGGCGGAGCGGCAAUUGUAUAUCGAUCUUGGAGGACAUCAUCCCGCCAAUGAUGAUGAGAGUGAUUAA